AUAUAUGUAAUGAUGUUCAGUUCACUAAUGAUUGAGCAUAUCUAAAUUUUAUAAAAAUAAUGAUAUGCUGGUUAUUACAACAUAUAUACAAUAUUCAAUUUACAAUUUUUAUACGGUGAUUAGAAAUAGUGUUUAGUUGAAAAGUAUCAUAAUUAAUGACGUGGAUUUAGGUUAGGUUAUGCACAACGUUACAACUGUUACUAGAAUUCUUGUCGAAAUAAUAUUAUAAAAAUAAUUUAAGUAUUUAUCAUUAAACACAAAUUAUAAAUAAUGUUCGAAAUAACAGACACACAAAAAAUUGGAGUGGGACUUGUAGGUUUUGGAAUAUCUUUUCUGUUUCUUGGGGUUUUAUUACUGUUUGAUAAAGGUCUUCUUGCUAUUGGAAACAUUUUGUUUAUAUCUGGAUUAGCAUGUGUUAUUGGACCAAAGAGAACUCUCAGCUUUUUUUUUCAAAAACAUAAAAUAAAAGCCAGUGCUUCAUUUUUAGGAGGUAUCAUUGUAGUACUUAUGGGUUGGCCUAUUAUAGGCAUGAUCAUAGAAACAUAUGGUUUUGUAUUAUUAUUUAGUGGUUUCCUCCCAGUUGCGAUAAAUGUUUUACGAAAAGUACCUGGUUUAAGAAUUAUUUUAAAUUUACCAGGUAUAUCUAAAAUAUUAGAUUCAAUUGCAGGAGAUCCAAAUAGAACAACUGUAUAAUAUAUUUGUUAAUGUAUCACUCAAAUCAUUGUAUAUAAGAACCAUUAUUUUAUAUUAUAUCUCUAAACAUUCUUAUCAUUCCCUUCUGAAAUUUUACAGAUCUCUUUUUGUAUUGUAUAAAUAUCAAAUGUAAACAAUAAAAUUCAAUUAAUGUCAAUUUAUUCAAUUU